GCCAAAUGAGCUGCCGUAGUGCGUCACAUGUUGACUUGUGUUGCUAGCACGUUGCUAUUCGAUGCUACCGAGAGCUGCCUUGGCAUGUAGCAAACAGGAAUACCUAACGACACAGUGCUCUGCUGUUAUUGUUACAACUCCCUUAAAACUAAUGAAUAUACCCGCGUGUUGUCCGACAAAACACAACCGUUAAUGUUUUACUUAUUCUGACAUUCUAGCCUAGCUAGCCUGCUUGCUAGCCAGGAAGAAGAGUUGACAUCUCCCUGUUGGCUUUAAGUCAAUACAGUCAACAUAGGACCUGAAAUAGAGUGUGCUCCAGAUGCGGCUAAAGGACCCUUUCUCUUUGAAAGCCGCCGAUAUGACUAAGCGGACUAACAAACCGCGGAAACCUCGAGAUGAAGAGUCGUCAGAUGAAGUUAGUGGACUGACUUGUCAGCAUGUGAGUAAAGCAGUGGACCUGAGCUCAGUGAAGAAGUCUGUGCUCUCCAGUAUGUGGUUAGUUUGCUCAGAGUGUCUGAAAGAGAGGACUUUGAUCGAUGGAGAGCCUGCGGCAUCACAGGACAUCCUUGUGUGCUUAAAGUGUGGCUUCCAGGGCUGUAACAAUUCGGAGAUCCAGCACACUGUCAAGCACUACCAAAUGUUCCAUCCAGAGUCUCACUGCAUCACCAUUAGCUUGAGCACAUGGAAAGCUUGGUGUUUUGAAUGUAAUGAGGAGCUCUCUACUCACUGCAACAAGAAGGCUUUGGCUCAGUCCCUGGACUUUUUACAAAAGCACUCUGUAAAGGCAUCAUCAGCAGUAUCACCCAAGAUCAUCAAGCUGCGAGAGGAGCCAUCAGAUUGCACCGAUCCACCCAGAGGCAAAAGUCCAGUCGUCCACAACACCUUGGUUCCUGUUAAAGGCAUAAUUAACCUUGGUAACACCUGCUUCUUCAAUGCUGUUAUGCAGAACUUCGCCCAGACACACAUGCUCAUUGAGCUUAUCCAGGAAUUGAAGGAGAAAGGAUACAAACUGAGGAUCUGCCCACCGGUUGAGUCUAACCUGAGUCCAUUAAUGAUCACGCUGCCCAGUCCAGAGCCACUGACGGCUGCCAUGUUCUUCUUCCUCCAGAGCAUGAAAGAACCAGGGAAAGGCCAGGUCAAUCCCAAGAUUCUUUUUAAUCAGCUCUGUCAGAAAGCUCCGCGGUUUAAGGGCUACCAGCAACAAGACAGCCAGGAGCUUUUGCAUUACUUACUGGAUUCUAUACGAGUAGAGGAAACUAAGCGGGUGAGGGCAGGCAUUCUGAAGGCCUUUAACAAUCCCACAGAGAAGACGGCAGAUGAGGAGACCAAACGUCAAGUCAAAGCAUAUGGAAAGGAUGGCGUGAAGAUGAAUUUCGUUGACCGCAUCUUUGUAGGCGAGUUGACCAACACUAUUAUGUGUGAAGAAUGUGAGCAUAUCUCCACAGUGAAGGAGGCUUUCAUAGACAUCUCCUUACCAAUCAUAGAGGAGAGAAUGUCAAAACCAUCCUAUCCCAGUAGGCUGGGCAAGGGCAGCAAAGAGCAGGACACAAACUCUUCCCACACUGACCAGGUUUUUUCUGCAGCACACUCUGUCAACAGAAACACCAGGAAGCUGAGUGGACAGAAACAACAGAGCAGGAGGUCUUCAAGUUCUGUGGAGGAGAAGGGAGCAAGCUGUGGGGUGGAGCAACCAGAGGAGGAGGGGGGAGCUGGUGGAUUAGCACGUGGGGUCACAGUUUGCAAGAUGGCCACUGCCGGCAGCCUGUCAGAUGGCAGUGAAAGAGACUCAGGUGCUCAAGACAGCAGCAAUGAUGCUGACAGUGAGGCAUCAGAGAGUGAGUGGACCCCACGCACCUUCUCCUCCAGCCACGGGCACACGUCCAUUCCAUCAUCCACUUCUACCCUCACUCCAUCCCCUACACCUGUCUCUGCCCCCUCCCCCAUGUCAUUAUCCUCCACCAGGCAGGGUGGCGCUGUGGAGCAGCUAGCUACUGCAGUGUCUAAAGUCAACCUGGGGUAUAGUUCUGGGGACUGCUCUGCCUCCACACACUGUUCUCCAGAGGAGCAGGGAGAGGCACAGUCACGAGACAACCUUCACCACCAUCAUCAGCACCACCAGGGAGCCUUCCAGGCACUGUCCCACAGUUACACUCCCUCCUCCAAGGAGUGCUCCAUCCAGUCCUGCCUCCACCAGUUCACCUCAGUGGAGCUGCUGAUGGGCAACAACAAGUUGCUGUGCGAGAACUGCACUGAACGCAGACAAAAGCAGCUGCGGAAGAGCAGCUCAUCCGAUAAGAGGGUGGAGAAGAUUUACACCAGUGCCAGGAAGCAAAUGCUGAUAUCCUUGCUGCCACCAGUUAUCACGUUGCAUCUGAAACGCUUCCACCAGGCAGGGAUGAACCUUCGAAAGGUGAACCGCCAUGUUGACUUCCCUCUGGUCUUGGAUCUGGCUCCAUUCUGUUCGGCAUCCUGCAAGAACCUGGCAGCCGGUGAGCGUGUCCUCUACAGUCUGUAUGGGAUUGUCGAGCACAGUGGCUCAAUGCGUGGCGGCCACUACACAGCAUAUGUUAAAGUACGCUCUGCCCAGAGGAAAACAGAACAGCACCACAGGAACCAGUCAGGUGCGAGGGAGGCCAGUGGAAGCUCCCCAGGCCAGUGGGUGUAUGUCAGCGAUACCACCGUUCAGACAGUACCUGAGUCAAGGGUACUCAAUUCUCAGGCAUACCUGCUCUUUUAUGAGGAAAUGCUGUAAUGUGACCAGCCUAAAAAUCUAUUUCGAGUUAUGUUGUUUUUUUUUUUUGAAGAACCUCUAUGUCAACUCCUACUAUAUCUGUGAGUGGAUGGAGGGAAGAAAAAGGGAAAGGCCUCACUGCACACUCACUUUGUGGACAUUGUCAUUUCCAUACAAAGUCUAAAGCAACUUUCAGAUCAGAUGUCCAAAUUAUUUUCUGAUUUUACACGGUCCUGAUUUUCAGUCGUGUUUGUGUCAUAAAGAUCCUACCCUUUAAAAAGCGGUUGUAUGAAAAAAGGGGUUGAUUGAACUUGAGCUGUUCUAAAUUUAUCUUGGUCACAAUUGUAUGCUUGAGAUUUAAAGUGCAUGAAAGAGUUCAGUAACUAACCGGAAACAGGCAGAGUUAAUGCAUGCUCAACUGUGCUCAGCACUGAAUAGUUGAUGUCAAUAGUGUGUGUGUGGUGUGUGUGUGAAAGAGAGAGGGGGGGGAUAAUGUUCUAAGGGUUCUAAGUUCUAAGGUGCUGAAUGUGAAGCAUUUUCUAAUCAGAAUACAACUGCCACAAUAAAUUAGUACAUACUGUAUUGUAAUUAACAAAAAAUGACAACUCAGGCUGAGCAAAAUAGAAACAGCUCUCCUCAAGUCAGUGCUCUACACAGCUGAUUUCACAUUGUGUGGCAAGGGUCCAUUGGCUUUGAUAUAGUGACAAAUAUGGUUGAUUAUUUCUGAUAAUGGCAAGAAAGAGCAGCAGAACCAUGAAUUUGUACAUUUUCACUGAUGAGAAGUGCUAUAAUCACCAGUAGUCUGUGUAGUGGCCAGCAGUGUUAUAAUUCUCAAGAACAGGAAUGAGGAGUCUUUUCUGACUAAAUGCUUCUCUUAUAUGAAUGUAACGUCAACCACACGUACCAUCAGUGAGCCUGAGGUGGCAGAAGUGCAGGUACAAGUAUUUAAGUAACGCUCAUGAUUUGUGCGCUUUGUGUCAAUGAAUUUCAUGCCACUCGAGUCCAUAAUGGAGACUCAACGUUGAUGACCUUCACUCAGACUUUGAGGUUAAUGACCUGACGAGUGGCUAACAGUUGUCUCAGCCCUGGCUCUUGUUUGUUUGUUUUUUGUUUUUUUUCAUGUUAUCACAUCUUACAGUAGUUUACACUGACACACUGAUUGAAACUGCUGCACAUAGAACAUUUUUAGUAGCACAGCAGUUGCUUUACAGCCAACUUUCAUGGACUGUUGUUUUUCCAACAUCAGAAUGUAUACAUGUAUGACGAUCAGUCGGUUACAUUUGCCAAAGAUGAGUUUUUCAACCGCAAGAAAAUCAAAACCAAACUCACAAAUUGUUUACUCCACACAGUUUUAAUACCAUUUGUUCUUACCACCAGUAUCUCGAUUGGUGUCGCUGCACAAACAAACGUACUAGAUGCUCAUCAGCCCAUCAUAGCACCUUGUUUACCUUCCAUUGUUUUUCAGCUGUGCUGUAACUCAGUAGGUGCAAACACAUCAAGUCGUUUUACAGAGUCAGUACUGCAAGACUGACUUUUUAUUCUUGAAUACUAUCAAUGAAAAAAAAAAUCAGAGGCUUUAUGCCGUACUACAUCUUUAUGUGUAUGUUCUAAUGAAUGUAUUACCUAUUCUUUAAAUGUCUGUCACAGGAACUCCUUGUCUUUUUUAAAAAAAAUUUUUUAAAUCAAAACUUGGUUUUCUUGCUUAUCGCACAUUUGCCAAACCAUUGGAAGGAAAAGGGUUCAACAUACUGUAUGCAUCGUACUCCAGAGUUUUAUUGUUUUGUUUUUUGAAACAGAGUGUGAGUGUGUGUGUGUGUGUGUGCACACGCAUGCAUGGUAUGAAGAAAUUAUAUAUGCAGACAAAAGCAAAGAGGAAUAUGUGUGGCAUAUGUAUGUACAGUACAGGUCACUGUAAGCAAAGGUAAUGGUUUAUGUAAUUGUACAUAUAAAUAACAAUACAAAAUCA